AUGGUGCAUACAUCCAAUGGCAAAAUCAAAAAACUGAGAUCAUCUAGAGCAUGUUCAAAUUGCAGGAGAAGGAAAAUAAAAUGUUCGGGAAUCCAACCAUGCCCCAACUGUGAAAUAUAUGGUUGUCUUUGUGUCUUUGAACCAGUCAAUGGAAUGACACCCAUGAAUUUCUCGAGCAAACCUAGCGAGACUGAGUUUCAUCAUGGAAAUUCGAUGCAUAGCGUUAAACCAAAAACUGAACCAUCACAUGAUUUGAUCACUUUGGAUAGCGUAGACUAUUACUUUAGAACUGAAAAUCUACUCACAACUCCGGUAUUUUUAAUCUCCGGGAAUGAUGGCCUUUACAAAGAUGACUCUGAGAACCAGAAAUGUUUAAUUGAAUUACAAACGAUCUUGAAGCAGCUACAAGAUCUCCCCGAAUCAAAUCCAUUGGUUUUAAAUAUUAAGCAGAAUGUAACAUCUCAAUUGCAAAAAUUACUUAAUAAUUGGGAACCGCAGAUAGAUCUAUCCAAACUACAAGAAGUGGUUCAGAAUACCGAAAAGGAUUCUAAAUCGAUAGAAACUGAAUUAAUGAAAAAUAAAUAUAGAGAUAAGGUUUGUUUAGCAAGAUUUGCCACAUGGUCAGACUCGACCGUAGGUUCAGAUUUUAACAUAAAUUCUAAUCCUAUAUUGUCACAAGGUCCCAGUGUGGAGGUCGCCAGAGGACUUUUUUCACCAAUCCAGGUUUUUUCCUUACGAGGUAUAGCCUUUCUUCUUAGGAAAUAUCUUUUGAAUAUAAAUAAUAUUAAGAACUCUUACUCUAUGAAAGAAACUGUUUAUCUUAUGCUGAGGAUUUUUGACAUAGGCUGUUUUCAAGAGAAUGAACAGUGUCGCUAUUUUGGUAACCCCCUCGAUGUAUACUUAGGCAAGUGGCAAACCAUUUCUAUUCCAGAGAAUUUAUCAUCAUCAAUUGCUUUGCCUAACUCGAUGACAGAGAUGGAGAACAAUUUGGUCUUCCGAAUUAUUAUGAUGUUUCCACAACCUUUCACGACGGAAAUCACAUCAAGUACUCUUCACGAUUUAUUAUAUGCAUCACAGAAUAGUGCUGUAAUGUUUUCACAUGUAGUCAAAAUGUUUUCCAUCAAUAAAACGAAAUUUGUGAACUUUUUAGUCCGAAUCACGAAAGCAAAUUAUAAAGUUUUAGAAAGCGAUGAUAAUACCUUCCGAUCUUUUUGUCAGCUUGAUGAUCAAUUACGAACACUAUGUUACCACUAUUUUAAUUUGACUUUGAACAACAGAGAAAUUUGCCUUACUUUAGAAUAUUUAGAGACACUGCUAUCAUUGUUAAAAAAUAUUAGAUCUUCCAAACAACUUUAUAGCUUCGAAAGGAUGCUAAAUGUGGCACUAGAGUGCGCAAAGCACAUUGGUCUUCCUCGUUGGGAGUAUUAUGUUGGUUUGGAUGAAAUUAUUGCCGAAAAAAGAAGAAAACUAUGGUGGGAACUGUAUUGUUUGGAGAAACAUUUAUGUCUUCAAACUGGGCAUAUUUCUUCUAUAAAUGAAACAUUUAUGACCUGCCUCUUACCUCAACAGUUUAUCAAAGUUGGUCUUCUGAAUAACAAAGAUCUGUUAACGAAAAUAAACUCCGUUCCUCAACAAUUGGUAAAUUUAAUGUCUGUGCAGUCACUGGCAUUCUAUGGGAGAUGUGCAGCUUUACAGCUAGUUGGUCACUUUCAAAGGAAGAUAUUAUAUGCUGAUAGAUAUACUUCCAUCCAGAAUAGUGCAAAGCAUCCUAUUUUGAGAGCAAGACUUUUAGAAGAAACCUUUAAAGAAUUUAAUGAAGGUAAGAAGGCACUUAAUUGUCUAAAGGGUCAAACUAUGCGAUUAUUUACAAUUGCUAAUAUGGAUAGCUCCUAUGCUAGGUCUUCGGAUAUCUCACAAGAAGAUUCUGAGAUUGCGAAACAUUUUGUAUUUCUCUAUGGCAAUAUACUGUGUGGGAUAUUGGCUUCAUCUACCAAUAUUGUAUCAAGAUUGACAGAGGAAUGUAAAAGAAGAGAGAUGGCAGCUCCUUUAAGUAAGGCUGGUAUUGAACUUUAUAAAGUAUGGAUCGAAAUGAACAAUAUUUUACUUGGCUGUGAAAGUGAUUAUAGCAUUUGCCAGCUGCUGAAAUACUACCAGCUUGUCUUUAUUUUAAUAAUCACCAAAGCCUUUACAAUAGGCGACUUAGUGACUAAGGAAGAUGUUAUAACAAUUUUAAGGGUUUUUAAGCGGGUUCACAAUAUUUCAAUUUUCCGUAAUAAUGAAGAAAAUGAAAAGGUAUUCAAGAGUGAAUCCUACAAAACUUUUUGUAGUGAGUUUUCAGUCUUGGGUACAGUUACUAGAAUGACUUUAAUUUCAUAUAUGGAUGAGGAAAAAAUUGAUGCAGAUGGACUGAAUUUGAUUUUAUGUUCUGAGGCCCCAGAUAUCGCCGAUAUUCCAGAACUAAUCUUAGACAGUAAAGCUUACACAUUCAAAUAUCUAUUGAAACCAGUUGAAAAAUCUGGUCUACAUCUAAGAGUAAAGAAAAUGAUAGAAGAUGACACUCAUUUUCAUUCAGAGGAACUUAAAAGACGAGAACCUUUUAUCAAAAAGCUCACUGAGUCUAUCAGUGAUAUACCUUCAACCAUAAUAAAUUCGCCCUCCAAUGCCAAGACAUUCAACCCUGACAUUAACUUUGGUAAACAAGCAGAUGGUACUUUUAUGUCUCCUUUACCUCAACUACAAAAUGGUAAUCUCAGCGACUUGAAGAAAAAAUCGAUGGUCGGUGAGUUGCAGGAUCCUACCAAAUCUCGUUCUAAUGAUAGUAAUCUUCCAACCUCUGGCUUUAAUAUUGGCACUUUGGAUGACUUUGUCAAUAACACAGACUUAAAUGAUCUAUACGACCAAUUGUGGAGCAACCAAGAAUGGGAUACGUUUUUAUAA